CCUAACAGUUUAAAUGUUUCAUUGAUUUAUUAUUAUUGAAAUAAUUUAAACAUUUAUUAGCAGAACAAGUAGAUUUUCAGCCUUUCAUAGAGGUUGCCUUGUGUGCUUUCUUUUAGUCCCAGCUUACUCAGUGCUGUGUUAAAUUGACAUAUAAUGGCACUUCAGGCAGAAGAAGCAUUUGAUCAGUCUGCCUCUGACUGCUGUUGUUCUGCAUAUACUUUCUGUUUUGAAGAAUGGUAAUCCUUUGUAUUACACAAUCCUCUUUUGAAAAAAUAAUCCUGGUGUUAUGUAAGUGAUAAGUAAUGUGUCCUUAAUAUAUUAUCGUGGGUGGGAAUAUUUCAUCACGAAUACUUUUAUCCACAUAACUAUCAGUGACAAUGAGAGGGAAUAACAUAAAAAUAAGUGUCACACAAUGUCAUUAGGCAGCCAGUGGUUCAAUCAGGCUAUGAGAGUCCUUUUCCAGACCCCAGGUUUUAUUUACUUUCAGAUCCCCUUGCUAAAAAUUGCUGCAUAUUGCUGUGCCUCCCUUUCCAUAAGCACUAAGGUUUUCAUCAGAGUUCACAUCUCUGCUCUGGAAGAAUUUUCAAUAAAGUAAGUAAGUAUAAUUAUCAAGACACAAUAUCUGCACUUAGAUUAUGUCUAUUUCCAAAUCUGGAACUGUUCUUGAAAAAACUUUUUGCUUUUUCUUAUGCUUGCAGGAUGCUAGGAUGUACUAACUCUGGAUAACACCAUCUGUGCAUACAGAGAAUUUCUGAAUGCGUGAUAGAACAACCUCAAUAAAUCCUUAAAGGAGCAUUUUGGGGUUUUUUAUCUUGUAAAUCAAAGUGUCAGAAUUAUGCUCUUCCAGCAUCGUAAGCCACUGAAAAUUUAUAAAACUUUAAAACCCGCUUAAAGAAAACAAACAUGCAGCAAAGGCAGUCUGGGAGGAGAAUGUUAACCACUGGUCCCUAGCAGCAUAUCCUGACUUCUGAUCACUUAUAUUAAAGAAAAACACCCAUUUCAGAGAGAGUGCAAGACUGCGUGGAAGUAGAAAAUACCACACCCCACCUUAAAAAAGAGAAGAUCAAGUCUGAAGUUUCUCUGACUUCGUCUGAAAUUGUAGGCAUGAUCAAUUUGUUUAAGAAACCUUACAAGAAAAAGGCGGGCAAAUUCCAGCCUUUCAAGAAGCUCUUCGGCAAGAGGAAGAAAAGAGAGCCCGCCUCAGAGUGUGAGGAGCCCAAACUGAAGCCCAGCCACUCCUUCGGCAACAUCUGCAACGGCGCCUUCUCCUCGGAUGACGAGCCGGGCGGGCUGAGAUCCUCCCAUUAUUCUAUGGGCAGUCGAGCUUUUUCCCAUGACAGUAUUUUCAUACCUGAUGGGAGAACAGAGAGUGAACAGGCCAUUCAAGCAAUGUCACAGGAGAACGUUUUAGGAAAAGUCAAAAUUCUUCAGCAACAGUUGGCCAAAAAUAUAAAAUUUGGGCAGCCUCCACAAAUGACAAUUUCUUCACGGACGAUGGGGGAAGCAAACGCCAGUACAGAAGAUGAUGCACUGCUCAGCAGCCCCAUGGAGACUGAGACCCAGCAGGACACAGUGAUCUCAGACUGCAGUAAUAAAUCUACUGACACUCCAGAUUUCUUGAGAAAAAUGAAUUUUCUUGGAACAGGACAUGGAAUGGAAGAAAAGGUCACUCCAAUGAAGUCAGCUCGGCCAAAAAGACAGUUUUCCUGUUCUGGCACAAUUGAAACAAUCAAUUUGGAUUCAGUUCCGCAGGCUCUUGCUCGUCUAGACAACAGUGCAGCUAAGCACAAACUGUCAGUGAAGCCAAAAAAGCAGAGGAUGUCAAGACAGCACAAGAGAUUGACAAAGGGAUCACAGAGUUUAACAAUAACAGAAUUUGAACCAGAGGACCUAGAAACUCAGCUGUAUGACGACAUUUACCCAGGUUAUAAUGGACGCUUCACAGCAGACAAGCUAAUCCAGGACAGAGAUGAGCAGAAGCAGCUUCAGCCGGCAGAGGAAAAAAGAAUUGAAGAUCACUGGGGUAUCCUUGAAGCUGAAAGGAUAAGACAGAUAGUAGAAAUGGAAGAACAAAGAGAAAUGGAAGAAAAAAGGUGCCAAGAACUUGAGGAGAUGCAGAAAGAACAGGAAAAAAGACACUGUGAAGAAGAGAGGAGGCAAUACCUCCUUGAAGAGAAGACAUUGAAAAUAGAAGAGCAAACAUGCCAUAAAGACAAAAGAAGACUGAUGAGGGCUGAAAAAAGGCAAGAGCUAGAGGAGCAGAUGCAGAAGGAGUUGGAGGAACAACAAAGACAAAACCUGGAGGAGAAGAGGCACUGGAAUGUGGAGGAGCAACAGAGACGAGAGUUGGAGGUGCAGAAGCUCAAGGAACAGGAGGAACAGAGACAAGAGUUGGAGGUGCAGAAGCUCAAGGAACAGGAGGAAAAACAGAGACAAGAGUUGGAGGAGCAGAAGCUCAAGGAACGGGAGGAACAGAGACAAGAGUUGGAGGAGCAGAAGCUCAAGGAACAGGAAGAACAGAGACAAGAAUUGGAGGUGCAGAUGCUCAAGGAACAGGAGGAACAACAGAGACAAGAAUUGGAGGUGCAGAAGCUCAAGGAACAGGAAGAGCAACAGAGAAAAGAGCUGGAGAUGCAGAAGCUCAAGGAACAGGAGGAACAACAGAGACGAGAGCUGGAGGUGCAGAAGCUCAAGGAACAGGAAGAGCAUCAGAGACGAGAGCUGGACAGGCAGCGGCACCAGCAAAGGGAGGAACAGCAGAGACUAAAGCAGGAGGAAGAGAAGAACCAGGAACAGAAAGAGCAACAGAGACGAGAGCUGGAGGAGCAGAAGCACCAGGAACAGGAAGAGCAGAGACAUCAGGAAUUGGAGAAGCAUCAGGAAUGGGAAGAGCAGAAGCACAAGGAUCUGGAGGAGAAACAGAGACGAGAGCUGGAGGAGCAGAAGAGGCUAGCACUGAAAGAAUUAAAGCAACAUAGGAAUGAAAAAGACAGUCAAAAGGAAGAAGAAAGAAAUGGGCUGGAGGAACAAACAGAGCUCAAGAAAGAAAAUAAGGAAGAAAUACAGCAAGAAGAGAAAGAACUUGAAGAAGCUGAAAUAAAACUAAAGCAGGAGAAAGAGCCUGAGAGCCUCAAACAAGAGAAGGAACAGGAGGAACAAAGACAGCAUUUGAAAGAGAAAGAAAAGACAGAGAAGGAACAACCCCAGCAAGUGACAGAUAAGAAAAAGAAACGGGAAGAGCAGAGGAAACACAAACUCACAAAACAAAUGCACAUGGAAAGUUCAGACUGUGUUCUACAAGAUGAACUGAAGCAGCAAAAGGAACAAAAUGGACAUGAAUGGAACAAGCUGAAAGAGCAGAAGGUAGACACAGAAGGACAGAAUCUUCAGCCAAAACAAGAAAAAUCCUUGGAACAGCCAAAGGAAAAAGAUCAGUUGUGUUCUGCUGAAGGGGCUGCUAGGCAUCCAGCAGAGGAGAAGCUCCAAGAAGGAGCAAGUUUCCAAAAAGUCAAACAGCCAGAAAAAGGGACUAAAACAGCAGAAGAAAUACUAGCCCAGAAACUGAAAAAAGAAGUUGAGGCUCAGGAGCAAAAACGCAUAGGGGAAGAACUUCGGUGGCAAGAGGUAGAUGAAAGACAAAUGGCAUCCAGACCCUUCACAUUUCAAGUGUCUUCUGGAGAUAAACAGAUCAUAUUUCAGAAAGUAAAUCUGAGUCCUGUUAUGCCCAUCAAAGGAGCAGGACUCUCUUCUCCAUCUGUCAAAGACUGCAAGGUGCACACUACCAGUAAGGGCUCUCAUUCCCUCCCAUCAUCUGUGUGUGUACCCCACACAGCUAUUUUGGUUACUGGAGCACAGCUGUGUGGCACAGCAGUGAACUUGAACCAGAUUAAGGACACGGCUUGCAAAUCAUUACUUGGCUUAACAGAAGACAGGAAAAAUGUGGAUAUUCCCUCUCCAGAGAAGUCUGAGAGAAAAAAACAGGAUCCCAAACCCAGCAGCAGUAAAAUGAAACACACACAAGAGGCAUUGAACAACCAGGCCGUACUGGCUGAGUGGGCCUCCAUCCGCUCCAGAAUCCUAAAGAAUGCAGAAAACAACAAAUAUAAUGAGAGAGACCGUGUAACUGCCUGCAGGCACAGUGAUGACUGGACACCCCGAGGACGCGGUGCUCCCCACGGCAACUUGAGGAAAACCCUCUCUGCAAAUGCAAAGUUCUCAAUAACACCAGCAUGGCAGAAAUUUUCAGACGUUUCAAAAACCAAUUCAGAUGCUGAGAAUGUAAAUGUAACAAAAGGCAAUGAAACAGUGGCUGUGGGGAGAACUACUGGCUCAUCUGCUGAUUCAAAGGAGGAUGUGGUCUCCACUUGUAAGGAUAACUUAGCUGAAAAACCUAAAGACAAAAUGGAAACCCAUAGGGAAGUGACAGACAACACUGAAGGCUGUAAAUUUGCAAAAGAUCUUCCAUCAUUCCUUGUUCCAAGUUUUCCACAUUCUGUGGGGAAGGAAUUACCCCAGCCAGAGCUUCCCAAUGCUCUGGAAAAUCAGCAGAACAACAGCACAAAAAAAGCAGAUAAACCACCACCAAAUGGAGAAGAAAAUGUUUCUCCUUUUGGCAUAAAGUUACGAAGGACAAACUACUCUUUGCGUUUUCAUUAUGAUCAACAGGCAGAGCAAAAGAAAAAGAAAAGAUACAGUGCAGGAGACAGUUUUGAUGGUGUGCCUGACCCACUCACCUCAACAGAAGGUGAGAAAGAAUCCUCUGUUUUCACUUCACAAGAAAGUACCUCUCCUGGCACUGGGAGAGCAAACAUCUCUGGUAACUUAAAAGAGUCUUCAGUUACUGUGGUGGAGUUUUCAACACCUGUGGGCACACUAGUGGUCCCACCAGCCACCGGCCAGAGUGCUGUACCUGCUCAUGAGAAACCAGCAUGCAAGUCACUGGUCCCACAGAAACCUGCUUUAGCUCCAAAGCCCACCAGCCAGACCCCACCAUCAUCUCCUCUCUCUAAAAUGAACAGAACAAACCUAUCUGAAAUGCUGGGGCAAAGGGUGGCUAAAGCUGAAUCAGAUGGUGGCUGGAGAAAAGAAGACAGAGCAAAUGCAGCCCAACCCAUACCAUCCAAUGACUACAAAAAUGAAGAGGAAGAAAUCAAAGAAAAGAAAUCAUUUUUCCCAUCUCUAAGUAUUCCAUGGAGAGAAAAAAAUGACAAAAAGCCUGAGCCAUUGAAGAAAGAAAAGCCUGUUCUUCAGAGCAGGCACUCUGUAGAUGGCUCUAAAUUGUUGGAAAAAGUGGAAACUUCACAACCACUUUGGAUUACACUAGCACUGCAAAAGCAAAAGGGAUUUCGUGAGCAGCAAGCUACAAGGGAAGAGAGAAGACAAGCCAGAGAGGCAAAGCAAGCAGAGAAACUGCUUGCUGCUAAAGAAAAUGCUGCUGUAAGUAAUCAGUCAGAUAAUAAAAGUAGCAGCAGCAAAACAAGCACACUGCAGAAAUCUACAACUCAAGAAGGAGAGAAGAAAAUUGAGACUGCUGUGUCAAGACUAGAAAGAAGGGAGCAUCUAAAAAAGUCGAACACCCUUCCAACUUCUGUGACAGUGGAAAUUUCAGAUUCUGUUCCAUCAACCCCAAUGACAAAGGAGGUGGCCAAGAGAUUCUCUACACCUGAUGCUAACCCAGUGUCAACAGAACCAGCCUGGCUUGCGUUAGCCAAGAGGAAAGCAAAAGCCUGGAGUGACUGUCCACAGAUCAUAAAGUAAACUGUAAAGUUAUCUCUAUUGCUGACUAUUAAUUGCUGUCUUUUAUUUAUUCUGCUUUUUACACAUGACAAAACUGAAAAUGCAUGUAUCAGAAGGACUGAAAACUGAACUGAUUACCAUUUUGCUCUAGCUCACUGUAAAGUCUACUCAAGUCAUAUAUUCCAUUGCUUUGACAAAUACGUAAAGGAGGUCAUGGCAAAAAUCUCACAGCGACUCUCUCAAAAACUUAGAGAGUGCUCAGAUACUGGAUGUAAAUUUUAGCAGGUAUCAUAAUAAGGGCCAGAACAGAAUAAGAGUUCAGACACUUCUUAAAUUCUGUUGGUAUUCAGUUCUGGAAUUUUAGAUCUCUAUGUUUGAGAUCUCAGCAAUUUUUUCAGAACUUCGUUGUUGAAAUUAAGGAAAGAUGCAUGUUUCCUUCUCUUAAGUCAUAAUUUAUUUAAACAUGUUAAACUGUAUGAACUGCCAGUUCUGCCUGCUAUUUUAAAGCUUUUUCCCUGAGGAAGAGCUUCAGGAUACACUGUUCCACAUGCAAAUGAUAAGUGAUGGUACCAUCCAAAUGCUGAGGUAAUUUCUUUCAUCAUAGGAUUAAUACAAUACAUCUGUAUGCCCUCACUUCUAAGAAGAAAACAAUUAAUCCUACUUAAAAGCCACAAUUUUUAAACAAAUGUCAUUAAGUUCUCAGAAAGAAGUCAGGGAUUCACUGUUUCUUCUAGUCAUUUGAGUGCAUCACUGUUUGUUCUUGGCCAUAUUCAUGCUGCAUAGAGACAGUGAUUGUGGAUUACAACUUUAAAUCAAUUGACUGGAAUUAAACUGUUCCUGUGCAAAUGCAAAUUCCUGUAGAAUUUGUCUCAGGAAGUUCCCACAGGAGUAGGACUGGCAGAACUGAAGUUAACUGAGAACUGAGAGGUAAGUCAGUGAGAGUUUUAGGAGUUUUAACUCUGCAUUCUUCCUGAUUUUACUCCACAUGCAGCUUGAGGCAGUUCAGAUAACUUCCUGUACUUUGACCAAUAUAGCCAGAACACUUCAAAAAGAAGUUUACUUACCCCAUCUCAGGUAUCUGGAGUGGCAGUUAAACACUUUACUACUUCAUAUAACUAAAACUGAAAUGUCCACCCCCUCCCUCUUACAAAAAAAGGAUAAGGUCCAUAAAUGGAAUAAAAAUGUCACUAUUCUCAACAUCCCACAGAAUUCUCUAGGCCUGCAUUUUAAAAUGUCACCCUAUUAAAUAAAUCAACUGAAUUUGUUUUACAAGGAAGACUUUAAAAAAAUUUGAAAGUCUCCUUCUUACAACCAUAAGGCUCAAAGGAACCUUUAAGCCUACAACAGCAUAAAGGGAGACAUUUUCAUGUAAAAAAAUUACAUCAUUAUAGAAUGAUACAACAUAUGCUUCAUGGAAGUGUUUUAGCCAAACUACUGUAAGCAGCAUGAGAAACAGCAUUUUAAACUAUGCAGGAAACAGAAUGAAACCUGUUGUACACUCUGUUCCCAGAAUGAAAAAGGAGUUUCAGCAAAAGUCAUUGGCAAGUGCAGCCUUUCCCACAGAAUAGAAAACAGGGGCUCAGUGUUGUGGAUACAGCAGCACAAACACAAUGGAUGUGUAAGAUCGAGUCCAUGUGCAGCAGCAAGAUGGGCUUUCUUGGGUGUCUUACGCCAUGAGUUUUGCUCAGUUUCAUAUUUAAAACCAAAAUCUCUAAAGUAACCUUUACCAGGAAUAUAAGUAAUAUGUUUUAAGCAAAAAUGAGACAAUGCUGCUCUCAAAUGCUUGGGAAAACCACCCAACUUAAUGCCUUCAAUAUCUGAAGAAAGAAUUAGCCCUGUAAUUCCUUUUGCUCUGUUAGCACCUGGAAUUAGUGCAUCUUAAAGUUAAAUUUAUAUUUUUUCCAAGUUUGUUUGCCUGCAGUACGGAUAUGUAACAACUAAAUUGCCUGAAAUCCAUCUUUACAAUUAUUUAUUGGGAGGGGGAGCCAGGUAGAAAUACAGAGAAGGUGAAGUAAAUCAGGAUUAAAGAUACUGGUAUUCUGAAAAGCAUAGCAAAAUUAGGUGCUAUUGUGCAUGACAUAAGGAUGCAAUUUUCCAAUACAAUCCAUUUAUAGCACAUAGAAUAGAGCUUUCAUUAAGGAUGGUCAUAAGCUAAAGCCUCAAAGCAGAGUUUUUUUCCAACCAUAAAGGUAUCUAGUGUAACAAUGGAAACUGUAUUACGUACAGUACUUGAUGGAAACAUUUCUAAAGCGUACAUGUGCAACAGUAACAUUUCAUGUUAAAUUAACAAAGAUUUGCACUAAAUACCAAUGAAGUGAAGUUUUACUUUGCUUUAGCUUUGUUGCAGCCAUUUCUGAUAAAGUAUUGGAAAUCUGUAAAAAUAAAUCCGAAACACUACUACCCAGUUUAAAACAGCAAAAAUGUUUUAAGAACCGAAUAAACCACUAUGUAGUAUAUUGUCUCAAUUUUUUGUAACUUAUACAAACACAAAAUACCAUUUCUUUUGACAAGGUUAUAUAUGAUUAACCUCUAUGUUCAUAUAGUAAUGUAUAAAAACUACAAGAUGUAUAAUUGUGGGGUAUUUGUUGUGUACUUUUUUAAUUUUUCAAAUGUUUUAAAGUGCAAUUGUUUAUUAUACUGUCAUUUUAAAUCUUAUUAAACUAUAACCUGGUCAAAAUUA